CACUCGCUUUCGGAUUCUGGAAGUGUCUCGUGUGCCAGGCGGGCAGGAGUUAACCACAUGUGGAUGAAGGGAAAAUACGAAGUUGGACCUGGAUUUCAGCUGAACAGCUAACAAUGAAGAAAGAAAUAGCGGCAGUGGUAUUUUUCCUGAAGCGCUUAAUAAAGAAAGCGGAGAAGUUGGAUGCAAAAAAGGUGGACCUGUUGGUAGAGCGGUUAACUGUGGCAUUACAGGAAAAGUACAAGGGUCAUUGGUAUCCAGACAACCCCAGCAAGGGUCAGGCAUUCAGGUGUAUUCGAGUAAACCGGUUUCAGAAAGAGGAUGCGGAGUUGCUCAGAGCUUGUACCGAGAGUGGAGUGCUAUACAAAGAUCUUGGUCUGCCUAAAGAGCUCACUCUAUGGGUUGACCCCGGAGAGGUGUGUUGCAGGUACGGUGAGAAGAAUCACGGUUUCACUGUAGCCAGUUUCUCGAGCGAUGAUGACGAUGAUAAAAAGGAUGUGACAAAAAGGGUGACGAGUGCUGUGGAGAGAGUCACAUCGGAUUACCAUUCUGGAUCAUCUUCCGAUGAGGACACCAGCUUUAGGGAGCCCCUGUUUACCCCACCUUUCCACAACCAACCUCCAUACCAGCUUAUAUAUGCCAGUGCCCCAAUCUGGAACCCUGUACCAAGGAAGAAAUUUGUUCCUGGGCAGGGGCCCUACAGUCCACGCCCACACUACAUGCCACGCCCCCCUUUCAGACCUAACCAGUCUUUUAGACCACACAACUGGGUCCAGCAUGGGUACCAUAGCAAGAGCAGCUACUGGGGCAAUACCCAAAACCAUGCACACUAGCUCAUGUGACCACUGUAACUAUGUUAGUUAAUUGGUUUCAAUGUGUAAGGCGAUUGAUCGGGAAAGUGUUUUUUUUUUUUUGAAGUUACCACUAAAAUGAAAUUUUUUAAAAAUGUAUUUUUGUAGUCGUAUUGUUACUUUUUUGAAUUUGUGACUGGUCUAUUUUUAAAGAUAACAGUAACUGUUUGCACUUUAGAUUCUUUGUAAUAGAACAUGUAUCGUACUUAUUGGAUUAGGAAUAUUUAAAGUAUUUUUAUGGUUAUAGUAAUGUGUGCUGUUUUGAUGUUGAAUGGGAUCAUUGUAAUUUGAUAACACUUUACAUAGUUUUUUGUCAUAGUUUCAAUGACCAAAUAUUUUAUUUAUUCACUGUGAAGUAUUAUGUGUUGCAUAGACCACUUAAAUUAUGGAUAACAUUAAAAAACACUUUCAAAAACGUA